AGGCCACUAUGUCGCAAAGCAUCCAUGACUUAGUCGAUGGCGCCGCCUUCAAGGGGCCCUCUUAAAAUAGGGCUGAAUAAAUCAAAUGAUUACAAAGUGCUAUAAAGCGUAUAAAUGCUUUUCUAAUUAAAGGGUACCAACACAUCAAUAGCUCUUUGAUAAAAACUGUCAACUGUCAUCCCUGAGUGCGUGCACUACAAAAAUUUAUUUGAUCGGCGAGAACGAAAACUAAAAUGAUGAAAAUAGAAAAUAAAUCAAAGCCAAAGCCAAGCCUCAAGCCCACUCCCAUGGAAGUGGGGAAGGCCGAAAAGCCUGAUAAGCCGCAACCAAAGAAAGGUAAGUCUGCGAAUGGGCCAUCGUCCCCUGCUGAGAAACCCGAGAAGAUGCACAAGAUGGGCGUCAUCACCAUAUCCAACGUACCCAAGGACAUGACCGUCCUGCGCCUGUACGAAAUCAUGGGCAUGCACAGCCUCAUCGGCAGAGUUUACGUGCAGCCGAAAGAGCUGUUAAGUUUCAAGACAAAUAACAACCACCGUAAGGGCUGGGUGGAAUUCAUUUCGAAAAGUGGGGCCAAAAAAAUCGCUCGAGAGCUAAACAACAAACCUAUAAGCAGAAAGACUUCGUCCCCAUUCUAUGGCUUGCUGUGGAACAUGAAGUUCCUGCCGCGCUUCAAGUGGCACCAUCUACACGAUCGCAUGGAGUACGAGUAUGGCUUUGUGUACAAACGCCGUCGCGUCAUCAAGAAGCAGGCGAAGAAGGCCAAGGACGACGGGGAUGCCUGAGUUCACGCUAGACUGUUGCAUCCAAUGUUUACCUGACUGCCAAAUAUAUCUUAAUUAAAUAGAUAAAAUCAAUUUUAAUA